AUGGCUACUAACGCUGCUGCUAACCUUGCUCAAGACAAGAUGGGUGAAGCCCAUGUGAUUGUCGCCAACGAAGAUAAGCAAAACGUAUCUGACACGACCGAUAUGCUUGCUUGUGUAUGGAAAGGCAAAGAAAAGCUCGAAAUGAAACGAGUCCCCAAGCCUGAAAUUACACAUGAUGAAGAUGUCAUUUUAAAAGUGACAGGAAGCACAGUGUGUGGUUCCGACCUACACUUGUAUCAUGGCGAAAUCAUGCAACUUAAGGAAGGUGAAAUUUUAGGCCAUGAAUGUAUUGGUAUUGUUGAAAAAGUAGGAAGUAAAGUAACCAAAGUCAAACCUGGGGAUCGUGUGGUUGCCGCUUUCAAUAUCGCUUGUGGCCAAUGUGACUAUUGUAAAAACAAAUUGUUUACGGGUUGUGAGAACACCAACAAUAGCUCAGUAAUGGAAAAGCUUUAUGGACAAAAGAUUGCUGGCGUUCUAGGCUAUUCUCAUUUUGUUGGAGGAUUCUCUGGUUGUCAGGCUGAAUAUGUUCGCGUGUUGUAUGGUGAUGUCAAUCUGGUCAAGAUUCCCAAGAAUAUGCCUGACGAAAAGGCAUUGUACCUAUCUGACAUUGUACCUACGUCCUAUCAUGCGGUUGUUUCUGCUGACGUGCAGGAAGGCGACGUUGUUGGUGUUUGGGGUCUUGGUCCUAUUGGUUUAUGUGCGGUUCAAUGGUUGCGUAAUGUCUUCAAGGCCAAACGAAUUAUCGUCGUCGAUAACGUGGGGCCUCGCCUCGAGUUGGCAAAGAAGCGAUGGGGUGCAGAGGUCGUCCAUUUUGACGAGGAUAAAGACGUCGCUGCUAAGAUCAACGAGUUGGUGCCUGGAGGUUUGGACCGAUCGAUUGAUUGUGCCGGCUUCCGUUAUGCAAAGAACUUGCUGCACAAAGUAGAAAGAGCAGUGGGUUUAGAAACAGAUACCAGUGAAGUGAUCAACGAAAUGAUCCGCUCUACCAAGAAGUUUGGUACAAUCUCUAUUAUUGCAGAUUACGCUGCUUAUGCUAAUCACGUCCUCGUCGGUGGUAUUAUGGAGAAGGGCCUUCGUUUGAUUGGCUGUGGUCAAGCACCUAUCCAACGUUAUUGGGACGAAUGUUUGGACUAUAUUGAGAAAGACCAAUUUGAUCCCACUAUCAUUUUGACCCAUCGAUUCCCUCUGGAACAAACUGUAGAAGCUUAUCAUCUCUUUGAUAAGAAGGAUGCUGCUGUCAUGAAAAUAUUCCUUCAAACCAAGUUUAGUGGCCCUGUCAUGCCUGGUACACCCAUGUUGACCAACGUGGGUGAUGCUUAA